UUUCAAGGGUUUUCAUGGAAAGCGUCUAGUUACGUGAAGUUGAGUUGAAGCUAAUAAGAUUUCGAUAACAAAUAAUGUACUUUUUUAUAUAAAAACCCUAUAAACUCUGUCAGUUUCUCUCUUGAAACAUAGCUUUGCGACGCGAUAGUUCUGAAAUGAGCAGUCGUGACCGCGGUUUUCAUAAAUCCUGAUGUCAAAUCCCUCAUCAACACGAGGAAGUUUGUUGAGGACCAUGUCAUCCAAAUUCAACCUCAGCUUUAGAAGAAGAGAGAAGGAAGAAUUUCGGAAUAUAGCUCAUGGCUUGAUCCCUGCUGCCACCAUUGCCCCCAGACCUGCUGUUCCCCGCACUCCUCCCCCACGAAGCCCCAACCCCUCUCCAGAGAGACCCAGGUCUGCCUUGGCAGCUGCCAUAUUAUCUUCCUCCCUGACGGGCCGUACUGUUGCCAUUCCUCCUCCACGCCAAAGGUCUUACUCUGAGAGUGAUCGUUCACGUGCAGACAGCCAAACUGGCUUUGAGCCCUAUGCUGCCACGGCACGUUAUACCAGAGACACCUGGCCAGACUCAGGAAGACCCUCUGUGCCUUCCCCAGGAUAUUCUGAUGAUGACGAAGGUGAUGACAGUGAUGAGGUGGAGGGAGAUGAAGAUCAUGUAUAUCAGUCCCUUGAGAGACAGAGCAGAGCUGAUGACAUAAAUGUUGUUUACGCCGUGCCAUUAAAACACAGGAAGGGCGAGACUAAUUCAGACGUUGAUGAAGAGAUCGAAGACUCUGCAUUUGAUAUUGUGUCUCCCCUACAGACUGAAGAGGAAAUUGUGGUUCAGGAAGAAGCAGCUAAAAUGCAGCCAUCAUCGCUACGACAACCAGGAUCAGGCUCUCCUGGGAGCAUGGCAUCUCCAGAGCUAAAUGAUGACUGGAGCGCUCAGUCUCACAAAUCAGUGAAUACUUCAAAAAGGAAGACCUCACGGAUGAAGGAGAGUCCAGUGAGAGGGAAAGAGAGAGACAUCAGUCCAGAGGCCAGUGAAGUGUUGCGCAGUACGCUAGAGGUGCAGGAAGCACUUGUAAAGGAGCUGAGGGAGCAGACUCAAAUUCUGGCCCAAGAGAAAGAGACGCUGGAGAAGAGAUGUUUACAACAGAGUCAGCACAUAGAGCAUCUCCGGCAGGAGCUCUGCCGCUCUCACACAGAGAGAGGAAACUCCACAGGUGAGAGCUUUGAGUUACAGAAUCUGAGGCAGCAAGCUCAGGAGCUGGUGGAUGAGAAUGAUGGGCUGAAGAUGACAGCUCACCGUCUCAAUGUGGAGCUCAGCAGAUACCAGGCCAGAUUCCGACCACUCACCAAGGACGAGAAUGCUCAGAUUAAAGGCCUGCCAGUGAAAGGACCUGCGCCUCCUUGGCUGCUGGAUAUGAAAUAUUUAUCACCCCUGCUGCUGGCCUAUGAGGACCAGCUGAAUGUCAAAGACAAACUCCUCAAGUCUUGUGAGGAAGAACUACAGAGACUGAGAGCACGUACAGAGGAGGUAAUUCAGGAAAAUGAGAAACUUCAUGCUCAGGUCAACAAAAGCAGCACUGUUGGCAACAAAGAAUGGAGGCACUUGCAGGAGCAGGCUCGCUUGGUGCUGGAGGAGAAUCAAGUAUUGAUAGAGCAGUUGGAAUUACAGCAUGCCAAAUCUAAAGAAACCCACAGCAAACAUACACAGGAGGUGUGUAAAGUGUCCAAACAGCUGAUGUUGUUGGAGUCAGAGGAACAGGCUCUGGAGAAAGAGCUAGAGGUGGAGCGUAAAGAGCACCAUGCCCUGAAGACAGAGUUUCAGAGAGUGCACUUGGCUCUAGAACACUCUCUGAGCUUGGCUGAACACAGUGCUGUGACUGACAAACUCAAAAGACAGCUGCAGGAUCAUGAGAGGGUGAAGAAUAGUGAGGUUGAAGAGCUGUUGGCUCGUGUGAGUGCGCUGGAGGUGGAGAGAAAGACUCUGCUGCUGGACAAAACCAACCUUAACACAAACAUCAAGCACAUGGAAACAGAGCUCCAGCUUUCACAGCUAGCUAACAGGAAAGCUCAGAAGCGUAUAAGUGUCCUGAAGCAACAGGUUGAAGACUCUUUAGAGAAAGAGCUCAUCGCUCAUCAGUACCUUGCCAACAUUGUCACACUUGCAGAAAGAACCACCCAUGAAAGAGACCAGCUCAUGCACAUGGCUUCAACUCUAGAGAAAGACAAGCAGGGCAUCCUCACACGCAUCAUAGAAAGCACUGUCAGCCUGGGAAAACUUCAAGAAAAAGUAAAGGUGAGGCCUGCAGUUCACAAACUGCCAGGAAGUGAGUUGAAAGGCUUUGCUUCCUUACCAUGAGCUUCAGAUUGUAGAUUCUAGAAAAAUGAAGAAAGUAGUGGUUCUUAACCACAGGGCCAGGGCACACUAAGGGGGGUCUCAGGAAACCUCCAAAGAGGCCUCAAGAUGACUUAAAGUUAUAUCAAAUAAGACAAAAUAAGUAUUAAAA